CUUCCUAUUUUCUCCAUCAAUGAACUUCGAACUGAGAAUCUUUUAUGUCUAUUUAAUGUAUUGUUUCUCAAAUGCAUGUAAUAAUACGCAGAUUAGAGUCAUUGGCGAGGAAACGAUUAUGACAAUAAAACGAUGCAUCUUUAAAGACAAAGCACAUUUUAACUACCUGGUGCCUGAUAAACAAACGUCUGAGGAAAAAAAUGAAAAGCAUGAGAGCGCGAGGAGAAAGAGCGUGGCUAUAAAGCGAUCCAGUUUCAUUGAAAUUCUCAGUUUGUCGUAUACGUAUCGCACAGCAGACGAACAUCCCCGACCGAGUGUGCGACGAUAUGAAGGCGUGGUUGAUAUUGCAAUUGGUGUUGCUCGUGAUGCUACUGGCUGGACCUUCGGAGGAAUUUUUUUUUGAAUAUUCAAAGAAGGCUUUACAAGAGUUCUUCCAAUCUCUGAAAGCAAAAAAGCCGCCACCCAAGUCGAAUAUACAGCAUUAUCAUGUGCAUUAUUACCCGAUACCUUACUCUAUGUUAGUAUGGCCGAAAAUCCCAGUUAAACGAGACCUCGACAGACUCUAUGACGAUACGUCGUUUGCAUGGUCGGAUUACAGCAAGUAUUUACCUAAUCCUUCGACAAUUAUAUCGGAUCUUCAACAACUAUUGGACGCAGACACUCCAACAUCGGACGACACGCAAGCUUCGAUCGAUCGUAACGGCCAGGGAUUACUAUUGCAAGUUCCUGUCAACCAACAAUUCAUGGUUCAUUUGCUGAGGAGAUCGCAACAACGACAACUGGCAAAAGCGAUGACUUAGAAUAGUCGCCAAGUACAUUCUCGUCCAUUCAUUCAAAUUAGUAAUGAACGCCACGAUAAACUUUCUUUAACUUUAGAUUUAGAUUAGUUAAUUAAAAUCUAGCUUUCAAACGCUUAUCCGAUAUGUAUAAAUAUUUUGAUGACCUAUUAUUUAUUAGAAGCGUAGACAUCUCAAAACGUCUGCGUUUUUAUUUUGUAUUUUUACAUAUUUGUACCAGAUUGCAUGCCAGUUGAAAGAGUUAAAAAUAAAUGUAAAUUAUUACACGCUUAGGGUUUCUGACGGUUUCUGCAAAUCAUCCGCGAGUAAGAGUGCCGGAAGUUGUUUACACUUUUUAGCCGCCUUGGCGUGAAACUUCGGCGUGCACGGAUGAGGUCGCGGAAUUAUCUUUUUCUGCAAUAAACCAGGCGGUAAUUCGCGCAAUUUCGGUACGAUCGAAACGUCCUUCAAUUUUCUUCGUUCGAUGCGAAUCUUCUGUCGCGUCUCGUAAUCUUCCUGCAGCUUCGACGCCAGUUGUGUCAUGUACUUACGAUCCGUUAAUCGUACUACGUGACUUCCCAUCAGCAUCGUUAAUCGUGAUCUUACGGGAACGUAACUAAAUCUGCGUCGAUAAAUCCCGCUUCGAUUAAUUGAAGGUUACUCGAAAAUCGGUGACGAGACCUACCCGUAUUUCACGCAAUCCGUUUCCCACCAUGGUGGAGGCGCAUCGUACAGGUCUACAGCCAACAGGAACAUAUUCAAUUUUGCGCGAUAAUUUUUUUUUUUACUUUUAUUUAAAAAAUUUUAACCUAAAAUUUCUCACAACCCGUCCCGAAUAAUUCCAUUCUGAAUAAAAAAAUGUUCUCUCGCAA